GUGACACGGCGGCGGGGCCUGGAAGCUGCCAGUCUGAGUUAACCGCCGUGGUCGGUUGCGAGUGACGGGCGCUUCGUAUGCUGAGAAGAGAAAUGAAAACCAGAUCAUCUCCUCUGCUCCAUGUUCAUGUUGAUGAAACCACCCCUGUCCAUGUCCAUGUUAAAAAGAGCCCAAAACCAUCAAAGAAAGUUCAGCAAAAGCUGAAAGGAGCCUGGGAAUGUGGCAACCUACGAGAAACCAGUAAGGUCAAACCCAAGGUCCCAUGGAUUCCACCAGGGAAAACAUCAGUAAGGGAUGUUGGCUACAAAUGGGAGGGCCCAACUCAUCGUUUAGAUAUAACUCCAGUUGACACUCAGAAGUUCCAUUCAACACUUCAUUUGAGUGACCUCUCCACAGAUGAUGAGGAGGCUAUACAUGGGAAGAUGAAUGAGUAUGAAGAGAAAAUUGAUUGUCUUAUGAGCCAAGUGGGAUCACUAAAAAAUGAAAUUGAACUGAGGAAGAAAAAUCACCUGUUGGAGCAGCAAAAGGAGGAGUUGAAUGUGUCCAAGCGAUUGAUUGAAGAGAAAGAGGAGGAAUUAGCUGAAGUCACCAAGGAGCUUGUUCUUACAGAGCACAAGAAUGAACUACUUCAAAGAGACCUCGAGAUGAUGAAAGAGGAUCCAGCUGUUUCCUGCUUGGAGAAGAAACACUGGCACAAAGAUAAGGACACCCUGUUGAAAAUGCUGGUGGAGGCUGAAAUGGAUGGGGCAGCUGCAGCCAAACAGGUUGCAGCCUUGCGCAGUGCCAUCAAUAAAUUACGCAUGGAGAAGCCAAUACCAACAUCAGAAAGUAACCUGUUACAAAGGCAGAAGGAGUUGCUACUGCAGAAGCUGGAAACUUUUGAUGCAACAAAUCGAGUGGUUCGACAGUUACUGAAGGAGCAGCACUCACAGGAGACUGAUGCCUUGAGACUGUUUGAGCAAAAGGAAGCACUUCUUGAAAAACUGGCCCAGUCAGAAGCAGAAAAUGCGCGUUUGUCCAUGAAGCUGCAGGAAGUUGAAAAUCAGAUUGACCAACUCCGCAUUCAGUAUCGAACAGAAAAGGAUAAUGCUCAUGCAGCAGCAGAGUUCUCCAAAUCACUUGAAACUACACGAGCCCACCUACAAGGACAGCUUCGCAGCAAAGAGGCAGAUAACAAUCGGAUGCUUGUUCAGAUCAGGAAUUUUGAACGUACCAUCUCACAACAGAAGGGGGAGUUUGACUACCUAACAGAGCAACUAAGACAAUUCCAAAAGAAAAGGGACAGGGACAAAGAGGCCUUGAAGAAAGCAACCAGGGCUCAAAAGCAACGAGCAGAACGCAGUGAAGAUGCAGUUGAGCUACUCAAUGCCCAGUUAAUUGACAAGGAGUCGCAGCUGGCAGAUGCAUUGUCAGCGGUCGAGACGUGGAGAAGUUCUCAUAACAAGGUGAUGAAAGAAAAGAGUCAGUUGGAUGUUGAGAUUUCGCUCUUGAACAACCGCAUUACAGAUCUGUUGGAUCAGACUCAUCAUGUGGAGGACAAGGCUCGGGGAGACAUGGAGUCAAUGAUGGACAAGCUGCAGAAGAUGUCAUCUGAGAGCACCAGUGUCAAAAUGGAGAAUGAGACAAUGAAGGCAAAUAUGUCAGCUGUGGAGGAGAAGCUGACACUUGCUCAGUCUGAGAUGCAGCAGUUGAAAACCUCUAUCAAACGUUAUGAAGGGCUGGUGGAUAGCUACAAAUCUCAGUUGAUGAAGACACGAAUGGAGGCGGAUGAGUACAAUGCAAAACUGGAGCGGGCAGAAAAGGAGAACAAGCUCCUGAAAGAUGAUGUGAACAAGGAAAUUGAUCAGGUCCGGAGACAGAUGCAGAAAAAGCUGACCGAUUUGGAGCCCGUUCCUGAGUUGUUGAAGUUAACUGAGCACAAGCUUCAGGAUUGUCAACAGCAGCUCGCAAUGUAUGAGAGAAAAAAUGUAGAUCAGUCAUCUGUCAUAUGUAAUCUCAAGAUGGAGAUUGAGGAGCAGAGUAGCAAGACAAGAGAGAAGUGCCAGCAUUUGCAAGAAGAAAAUUAUAAUCUGAAGCUGAAGUUGGAGACUUUGGAAAGGAAGCUGGAAGAUUUAGACGCUCAGAACCGGGAGCUGACUCAGGUGGUCACGAAACGGGAAGAGACCAUUCAACAUAACCAGCAGCGAUUAGAGGAAAAAUCCCGUGAGUGCACCAGCCUGGCUAGACAGCUGGAGGCUGCCAUUGAAGAUGCCAGACGGCAGGUGGACCAAACCAGGGAGAGAGCUCUGUCAAAAGAACGAACCACACAGAGCAAAAUAAUGGACCUUGAAACACAGCUGAGCAGAACAAAAACAGAACUGACUCAGCUACGCAGGAGCAAAGAUGAUGCUGAGAGGCGUUUCCAGAGCCGCUUACAAGACCUGAAGGAUCGUCUGGAGCAGUCAGAAUGCACCAACCGUAGCAUGCAGAACUAUGUCCAGUUCCUCAAAUCUUCGUAUGCAAAUGUAUUUGGUGAUACUGCUUUAACAAGCUCUCCACUCCAAUCUAGAUCACCUCUCUGAGAAUCUCUUGCAGUAUCAAAAAGUGAACUUACUGAAUUUUACUCCUGCUUUUACUCUUUUUAGGGUUCUGGAGCUAUAAAUGAUCUUAAAAACCACACCACGUGAAGCACAUUCUUACGAACUGAUUAAUAUUGUAAACAAUGCAGAUUCCCGAGGUCAGUAAUCACUCCAGCCUCGAGUAAACUUGUCCUAAGUAUUAAAAAACUUGUCAAAUGGGUCCAAUCAUAGGUUCCCAGCUCUGUAAAAUUAGUAUGUGAAUUAUUCUGGAUAGUCCUGAGUUUCAGAUCAAUGUAUGCAAAAUUGAUAGUGCCCUAAUAUAUUAGAAUUGUGAUUUGUUCAUUUACUAGUAAAUUACUUUGCAUGGCACACUGACCAUAGGUAAGUGUCCAGUUACCUUGUAUUAAAUCUUUCAGAUCCAAGGGUUAGAUUUGCAGCAAACUUGCAUACAGGAAUGCUGCUGUGAUUUAUUACUUGCAUUCUUUUUCCUACUAAGCCAGUGGGUCUGUUGACAGUUCAACCAAAUUUAAGUUGAAGGAAGGAAAGGCUGGUUAGAUUUGACCAGGAGGGUUUGCUGUUUCUUACUCAUUCCUUGGUGUGCCACAAGUCAGUGCCUCACACUCUGAUUUUCAUUUUUGGCAUCUGGCCAGCUUUGUGUCCUCUUCCCCUCUUUCCUUUGAUUCAGUAGCCUCAAACAAUCCAAUUUUUGCUUGCUUGGUAUCUCCUGCACAAUCACCUGUCCUCUUAGACAUUGAAUUUCAAGAUGUAAUUUCUGUUAAAUUACACUGCAGAAAACUUGGGCUAAUGGUUGUUUCCUAGUAUCCGGCCACUGCAAAUGGGGCCAUCUGGUCCUUUAAACAGUACUCAUUUUUGAUAUUUCAGCAAGUUAUAAAGAUCCUUUGCAACAUUCCCAAUCGCAACUUAUAAAUUUCUUUUAAAAUAAAAGAACUUGCAAAAUUAACACUGAGCUCAAGAAGAAUAUAAGUCUUUUCCCUUGGUUGUGGGUGAGCACUUGUAAUGAAAACUACUAGUAAGUCACCUGUUCAUCUAAUACUUUAAGCUACUUUAGCAUAGAAUUUUUCUGGUUCUGUUUCCUGCUAGUUUCAGAUAUUAAACACAUAUUUCAAUUACUUUCUGGUCAACUGCUUGUCUUAAAAUAAAUUAGUCUGAAGUUCCACCCAUUCAGUCAAUAUGUACUUUAGAAAAUGUAUUUAUUUUUAAUUUAUGUAAACGAAGAGCCAUGUGUGAAUAUCCAAUAGUCCUUGUUGCACUUAGCCUUGGGAUAGGCAGACACUGCAGAAAAGUCUGAUCAAACCGUCAGUGCCAACUUACCUCAUUUGGAUAAACAUGGUAGAAAUCACCAAAUAUGUCAACACAAAUUACUGUGUGAAGGUCUGAUAUUAACUGGCUUUGAAGCCCUAGAUAUUUUUGGGUCCAUUUAAUAAUUUAUAGUACAAAUACUGGUUCACAUCUUCUGUGCUAACUACAGUCUCUUUCUGUGUCGUGAUUUUUCUUUGGCUUUCAUAGCUGAUCUGACUCAUUGCUUGUAGGAUGGCCUUGGGGUGAGGUUCAGUUGGCCUUAGAACACCUUUGUCCAAAUUGGCAAAUCAUUCAGCCAAAAGCUGCUUAAAUGCUGGGGACUUAAACUCAUAUUACUGAGAAAAUAGUUUGAAAUUCAUGACUUUUUUUGAGUUACUGGAGAAAGUGAUUGUCUGAGAAACCAGUUGGUGCAUGACUGUCCCAUUUAUUUUAACGUAAUGUAUCCUUCUGCAUAUUUGGAGUAUUAAACAGCAUUUCUGUUGAAUUUGAGAUCAAAAAUAUUGCUUAACGAUUCCAUGAUAUUAAACUUAAAUUGAGGGAAAUAACAAAUGAGUUCUAUAUUUAUACACAUUGAUAACUUUACAGUUCAGUUGCAAUUUUCAGAUGUGUCGAUCUGUAUAAACCAUGUUCAGCAGAGCUGUAGUGAGCCACCGCACAUCAAUCCAUGCCCACUGUAAUAAAUCUUCUGUGCAAGGAAACGAGAAAGGUGGUGGAUUUGCUGGGGUGGGGGGUGGUGAGUCUGAAAUGAGUCCGAAAUGGUACAACCCCCUGGUACGUGUAGGUGUAUCAGUACGUGGAGCACUAACUCAAAUUCCAGUGUGUUCAAGUGACAGCGGUCUUCUAACAGCUUUCAUUGGUAACACAUCCUCUGAGUGCAUACUUCAUACAGCUCAUUGUAGUCAUUUUUAAUUGCUAGUGUCUGAAUAUCUGUAUUAUGUUCUUUGAAAGGUACUGCUGGGGAACAUUUUAAAACCGGCAAAUAUCCCAUGACAUUGCUGUGACGUUUAUCAGCACAUGUUCUCCUUUCCCUUAAAGGUUACAGCCCUAAGCUCAAAUAACCCAAAAUUGCUUGAAAAGUUCACAAUUCUGAACAGCUUUCUUUGUGUUUUAUAUUCUCAGAGCAAACAAUCUCUAACAAUUAGUCUGCAUAAGAUCCAGUCUGGAGAUAAUGUAAAGACUAAUGUCAGAAAGCUUUGGGAACCACAAGUUCAGAGCCACCUAUCAUCCCAAGUGAUUUUCCACUUGCUGUGGGUCAUUCCCUUUUCCUUUAAUCCAUCAUCACAGAUCAUUUCCAUCACUUCCCAUGAAUCUGCCCAUGCACUUCUGUAUCUGACUAAAGAGUUUAGGUCACGCAGGUCAACUGCUUGCUGUCGUUCCCUAACACAUGCAUUUUUAUUUGGCAAAGUAAUCUGUAGUUGAUCCAGCUAACAUUACAAGCUCUGCAUAUAGGAAGGCACACAUAGACCCCUAAUCUACCACUCUGUUGUGCAUUAAUAUGCUGAAUUUCUGUGGAACUAAGUUAAUGUUUUGAGUCCAGUGACCCUCCUUCAGACUUCUUUUGCCAGACUUGUUCAGUUUCUCCAGUACUUUGUUUUAAUUCAUAAACUAAUAUGAUAUUCAGACUGUGUUUGUCUUUUUUAUAAAACACAUUUUCAUUUAUUCUGAAAUUUUGACAUGAGUUGCACAGCGCAGAAAAAAUAGCUUUGGUCCAACUCGUCCAUACUAACCAGAUAUCCUGAAUUAAUCUAGUCCCAUUUGCCACCAUUUGGCCCGUAUCCCUCUAAACCCUUCCUAUUCAUGUACCCAUCCAGAUGCCUUUUAAAUGUUGUAAUUGUAUCAGUCUCCACUACUUCCUCUGACAGCUCAUUCCAUCCACGCACCACCUUGCAAAGUGAUUCAAAUGGCACAGGUCACUCACAAGUAUCCUGUUUGACCUUGGAAGUCAUAAUCUGUUUUACACAUAAUAUGCAGAAAUAACUCUCUCUAUAACAGUGUAAUGGUACUGAGGAACUGAUCCAGUCACUUUGAGUUGUGCAGUUUGAAACCCUGGAAUACCUUAGUUACUUUUCCUGCAUUCACACCUUUUGUGAAUGUGUUUUCUUGUGAAUGAGUUUCUUUCCCACCUUCCAUUUAAAAAGAAAGUUAACACAAUUUAUAUCUGCUUUGAUCAUCAACAUAGCAUCUAACGUGCAGAAGUGAAUUUUAUUUUGGAAAACAAAAGCCUGUAUGCUUCUGUGUUGAUUGCUGUGCCCAAAGUCGUAUGGCCCAGAAACAAGAAGCAGGAAGUUGGCUCCAUUCCACCACCUCCUUCACUAGAUGACAGUCUGGGGAUGUACUUAUAAACUAAGCAUGUUUAUGAAGUAAAUCUUAGUACCAGGCAUGUGCAGAACUGAGUGCCUGAUAGUAAUAUUUCUUGGUAUGUUUUUAAGAGCUUAAAUAAGCUAAUAUAAAAUAAGAACAUCUGCAAAGACAGACAUGUUCUGAAAGCUUUUUGUUUUGCACUCAUUGGGAGAAAUGCAAGAAUGCCAAUUUUUUUAACAAUAUAUACUAUAGGAGAAACUGGUUGACAGUUUGAUUUUGGCUAAGUUGUUGCCUUGAUAAAAGCAACUGGGAACAGUUUACUCCUGUAGUAUAAAUUAAAAUCAUUUGAAAUUUGGCAUUCUUGUGUUUUGUCCAGAUCAUGCAAUAUGAACAUUUUGGCAACAUGUUUCUCCUUGCAGUACCACUGAACUUCUGUAUAAUGAAGUAACUGGUUAUGAUUCCAUCUUUUAAAAGAAAAGUGUCAGUCAUACCAGUUAGGUAUCCCUGUUUCCAUGCCAGAGUCUCUAUUUUAAAAUAAUUAUUUCUCAGACCAGAAAAUAGAAAAGGAUAUUCUUCCGGAGGGAUUAUUUUCUUUGGUUUAACAUGUAAUUUUAAAAAAUUAUCUGCAGAUUGGGAAGAUAGAUUUCUACAUUCAAAAGACUUUACAUAGAAAUGUAGGAGCUCAUGUGAAGUCAUUUAUCCUUACCCUUUUGUGUGCAAUUUUACAUUCCCUCUAAAUAAUUUUUGAUAUCUCCAUUGUACAUUGUAAAGACUAAGUGUUUCUAGUCUUUCCUUGUAACUUAGACUUCUUCACAACAGAUUUGUUUUACAUAAACUUUAUAGGACAGCGAGUCCAUACGGCCCAACAUCAGGUCCAUGCUUACAUUCUACAUAAACCUCAUCCCUCUAUUUGUCCCUUUAUCAACAUCGAGGCGAACUGAUAAUUAUCCUGCCCUUUGUGCUUCCAUUGUAUGCUGAGUGAUUCAGUCUUAGAAAAUGCAAGGUUAUUGUGCAUACAGAUUUUAUGUUCACUUUUAAAUUGACAACAAUUACAAUCAUGGCCCUAUUCAAUCAUGAAAUAAGCCCCUACUUAACGAUUUAGGAACCGUUUUCAGUCCAAUGUACCUUGGUGCUUUGAUUAAACAUUUUUGGUUUUGAUUAAAAUAUUGCUUUUAAAUUUUCAGGAUGAAAUAUUGUGAGAAGUUGUAAAUACAAUUUUUAUACUUUUAUAUAAUUUUUUUAACAUUUGCAAAUGUUUAUAUUAUCUACAGUAUAUAAUCUAUUUGUUUCUAUUGUAGUCAUGUUAAUAAAA